AUGCUUUUGUUAAACUGCGCGAUUGUUGGCAUAGGCGGAAGCGCAAUUUCUAUCAUUAUUGAAGAGUGGAAGACAGUGGCUCUCUUAAAAAAAGAUAUCAAGGCAAAGAAGGCGAUUGCCUUCAAGAAUGUGGAUGCGGACCAGCUGCGUCUCUUUGCGACGAAGAAGGACGGCGCCUGGCUGUCCUCUGCCACGGAAGAUGUAAAGCAACUUAAGGAGGGCAUGAUGACUCCUCUUCUUGAAGAGUUAACGGAAAAGGACCAAGAGCUGCAGGGGGAAGAUUCGAUUGCUGACAUUUUCCUUGAAAACGUAAGCACUCCAAAAUCAAAAGAAAUUCACGUGCUGGUGGUGGGGGCAGGGGAUUAUGUCGAAUUACGCAUCGAAGAUGCCAAAAACGGUGCUCAGUACACGGACGAGCUGACGCACUACCAGCAACGAGGGAAGCUGAUCCAGCGCAACUGUAAGGACUAUUGCCAGAAGAUUUUAAACAAAAUCGACGCACUCUAUACCCUCUCCGGCACGUCAACGCUGCCGUUCAUUUGUGUGCAAGGAUCAUCUGGCAUGGGGAAGUCGCAGCUGGCGUUUGCGUUGGGAGGAAGCCGCCCGUGGUUUUACUGGCCUGUUUUCAUUGGGGAAUCUUGUCAGAGCUUGUAUGAAAAUUUUUCGUUAAUUUCUGAAGCGUUCCGUGAAGUGACAAACAAGGACGACCCAAUGAAAAAGUCGGAUGAGAACAUUUUGAACUCCAAGUCCGAUUUUUACAAUAGUGAAAGUCUUUGGACCUUUGGAUUUAUUCGUGCGUUGCUGCAGUAUUGCAGUAAAGAGCAGAAUCAGCUAGGACAGAUGAUACGUUUUCAUACGAAAACAUCAUGGUACGUGGAAAAGUGCAAUCGGACGAAAGUCAUUGCUACUCGCGAAAAGAUGAAGAAAGAUGGGAAGUUGUUGCCUUUCUUUGUGUUGGAUGAAAUGAUGUCAAACGUGAACAGUGAUGGCGGUGGAAAGAACAUAGCGGCAUUCCAACGCAAUGUUUUUCGUGUGUGUGGCCUGGUCGUGGUUGUAAUGGGGACGAACGCUAAGAUCACCAAUUUGGUGGGUCAAUCAAAAGGAAGCUAUUAUGGAGAGCAUGCAUGGAUGACGGUAAUGUCUCGAUUCCCUUCAUAUCAACCAAUUCCAUUUGCAGAUGCUGAUAAAGAGCUUUCUUGGAAUCGCAUCCAAGGUACGUAUCCCGUUUUGAAAAGCAUUGUGGCCAAUUCUCGCGGGCGUUUUUCCCGAUAUUUCGCCGACAGCGCGGCGCAAUAUGCGUUAGAAAAUUCUGCAAAUGAUAUCGAACUCUGCGAUUUGCUGGACGUGGCAUUUGAUUACGUAAGCCUAAAGACACAGAAAGGAAAACAGUUCAUGGGGAAGCAGAACGGAAAGGAUGCGCAGCUGAUAGCGAUAUCGUACACUAAUGUUGACAGUGAUGGCUCGUCUCCAUCUCCACUAAAGAAAAGGAAAAUUACUCCUGUUGUUGGGACCCACUGCAUGCAUCUACACUUCGCCAACCUAGUGGAUCCUCAGGCAACUGAAGUGGAUAUAAUAAAUCGCCAACUUGAGGUUAAUGGCGAGUCGUGGGAACCGCUUUGCUGUUUCCCGGAGAUCGAUGAGGACAUGCUGCUUUAUCUUGCGAUAUUGGGUGGAAAGACUUACUCCGGUUACUAUGAUCGUCACAUGUCUAUCGACUACUCAACAUUAGCCAUCUUUUCCAUGUACUUGAAAGGACACGGGUUCACGUCAGGAGAAAACACCGACGCGAUCAGCAAUGAUUAUAAGACGUACGAGAACAUGGUCGCUCAUAUGAUUUUCUGUGCAUCACGGCGAAAUGGAGUGCAAGGAAUUCCUUUUGAUGAAUUUUUCGCUGGGUUGCUCAGUGAAUGUCAAGACAAAAAAAUACGGCCAGUGACGAUGACCAUUGGUAAUACGAAGCAAACGAUUGUUGCUAGCGAUUUGUUGGACAAAUACGCUGAUCUGGCAGCUUUGUCUCACUCGAAAAUACCUUUCUUGGCUCCACCGAAUGCUGAGUGGCCGCAAUGUAUCUUAGAUACUCGCGCCAAGGGCUGUAACUUCGGUCAUCUCGUUCGUGCUAAGAAUGCUGAAAGGUGUGACAUUUACGUACGCAACAUGGAGGAUCCGACUGGACCGCCACUUUUUUUCUGUGAGUGCAAGUAUCGGGACAGCAAUGUGGGCUCUGAUGUGAUGAAGACGAUCAUUGAUGGGCUAAAUGAUGUUUGUGAGUGGGCAAUCUUAUUGGUGUUCUGCGUGAAAUUAGCAAAACUUAAAAUCGAGUGGGGCCACGCACAAGUCGGCUGCGUCAAGGUUAAUUGCCGAAGUGGCCGUGUCGAUUGGGUUGUCCAGCCGGCGGAAGAAAAAGAUCGAAAGAAGCUGGUCAUCGUUAUGGAAACGGGGCCUUUGACGGUAGGAGUGGCUAGCAAAACUUGA